UCUCACAGAAUACACAUCCUCAAAUCAACCGAACAUGAAGAUGCUGGUGAUCGCCGCUGUCCUGGCCGUUGCUGCCGCCGACAAGCUGCCGACGCUCCCCACCUACUCUGCCCCUGCCCCGAGGGCCUACUCUGCCCCGGCCCCGCCAUCCUACUCUGCCCCUGCUCCCCCGCAGUACGGUCAGAAGGUCCCCCAGAUCCUCUCUCAGCAGUAUGACCUCAGCGACGACCAGUCCUACGUUGCAAGCUACCAGACGGAGAACGGCAUCUCUGCCUCCGACUCUGGCCGGCUCGUGGCUGGCUACGGCGGCGAGCCCAGCUACGCUCGUGAGGGACAGUACAGCUACACCGACGACUACGGCAACACCUACACCGUCACCUACACGGCCGACGCCAACGGCUUCCAGCCGCAGGGUGCCCAUUUCCCGACGCCCGUGCCCACCGAGUACCCGACCCCGCAGGUGCCGGUGACCCAGGCCAGCUACCAGGCGGCCCCGGCCCCCAUCUACCAGGCGGCCCCCGUCCAGCCCCAGCCCCAGUACCAGGCGUACCAGCCCAGCUACCAGUAACUCAGCUGGUUGUUACCGUUCAUAAAAUGUUUGUAAACGGAUAGUCAAUACAUGAUUCAACAGUCAAAGAAAGUG